CUGCCGCCGCCGCCCGAAGCGAAGAUGAAGACGAUCCUCUCUUCGGAGACAAUGGACAUCCCCGACGGCGUCACCAUCAAGGUGACCGCGAAGAUGAUCGAGGUGGAGGGCCCCCGCGGCAAGCUCACCCGCAACUUCAAGCACCUCAACCUCGACUUCCAGCUGAUAAAGGACGAGGAGACCGGCAAGAGGAAGCUCAGGAUUGAGGCCUAGUUCGGCACCCGGAAGACCUCGGCCGCCAUCCGGACCGCCCUCAGCCACGUCGAGAACCUCAUCACCGGCGUCACCAAGGGUUACAGGUACAAGACAUCCAUAAAAAACUUAAAUUUUUUUUGUGAGAAGGCCGAAAUCCGUGCAGGACUAUCUGUGGUCCGUUCGGAGAAGGUGAAGGAUGAAUUGGUCGUGGAUGGGAAUGACAUUGAGCUUGUGAGGAAGGGGGAAAUCUUUGAAGGGGUAUUUUGUGGUCUGUUGUGGGAAGACAAGCUGACUGACUGUGGACUGCGAGCGGGGAGGAGGAGGAACUCUAAUCUUACUGGAUGCAAGCACAGACUCCGGCAGUCUGGCAAUGGGAGGCGCGGAGGAGAGGUGCGAUCAAUGGGGAGGAUCAAUGGGGAUCAAUGGGAGGAGAGAGGAGAGGUGCCGCUGAGGAGAGGUGCAGGCGAGGGGAUUGGAGGCUUCGAGGAGAGGUGCAAGAAGAAUUUUAGGCGGGAAGCAACAGAAUGA